AGACGUAGCCGGCGUGCGAUCGAUCGGCGAGCUUAGUGUGAUGUCGCGUUGCGAAUUAGCACGCGCGUGAGUGUGUGGCGUCGCUUAUCUCCGUCCUCUCCGAUUCAUCCUUCUUUUCUCGCCCCGGGCUCACCCUGCAGGACUAAUCACGCCGGUUUUUUUCCACCAAGUUGGAAUUUGCAAAGAGAUCGAGCGAAGUCGCGGCACACAUUCAGCUGUGUAUCGUAUGCGUAUUGUAAAUCGACCGUGCGUGGAACGUAACUUCGAUCAUGGUGGAAGGGGGAAAAAUUAGCAUGCAGAACGGACUGCUUGGUAAUGGAAUUAACGGGAAGAACUCGGCGGUGCGGCUGCAGAUCGUACCGAUGCAGCCGAAGACGAUCACGCAUCUGCCGAAGAGGCCGCCGGUCGACUUGGCAUUCACUGAUCUUACAUAUAAGGUCCGAGAAGGCCGCAAAAAUAAUUCGAAAACAAUCCUCAAAUCCGUCAGCGGCAGAUUGCGGUCCAGCGAGCUAACGGCUAUUAUGGGCCCUUCAGGCGCUGGAAAGUCAACGCUCUUGAAUAUCCUCACCGGAUACAAGACGUCAAAUGCAGAAGGCAGCAUCACAAUAAACGGCCAAGAAAGAAACCUCAGUGCCUUCAGAAAACUCUCCUGCUACAUCAUGCAGGAUAAUCAACUUCAUAUGAAUCUAACGGUAGCGGAAGCCAUGAAGGUUGCAGCAAGCCUUAAGCUCGGCUCACACGUCAGUCAAACAGAGAAAGAAGAAGUGAUCCAGGAAAUCCUUGAAACUCUCGGCUUGUCUGAGCACCGCCGUACUAUGACCUCGAACCUGAGCGGCGGUCAAAAGAAAAGGCUUUCCAUUGCUCUGGAGUUAGUGAACAAUCCUCCUAUAAUGUUUUUCGACGAACCAACUAGUGGUCUGGACUCCUCGUCUUGUUUCCAAUGCAUCUCGUUGUUAAAGACUUUAGCACGUGGCGGAAGAACAAUAAUUUGUACAAUUCAUCAACCUAGUGCGAGACUUUUCGAGAUGUUUGAUGCUCUCUAUACAUUAGCCGAAGGUCAAUGCGUUUAUCAAGGUUCUACAUCACAAUUGGUGCCUUUCCUAAGAACAAUUGGCCUCAAUUGUCCGAGCUAUCACAACCCAGCAUCGUUUAUCAUUGAGGUAUCAUGCGGCGAAUAUGGCGACAAUAUCAAGAAUUUAAUUAACGCGAUAAACAACGGCAAGUACGAUAUACGUGAAGGACAUCCCUUCCCUGAGACGAAAGAGGGAAUGAAUAAUUGUACUGCUGCGACGGGUAUUUUAAAAAACAGUGAUAACUUGGACAAAGCGAAGAAAACGAUUAAAGACAAGAACGAUGUCAGUAAUCUGCAGGAAAAGUUCUCGGAAGAAAAGAGCGAAAUUAGUAAUGGAAAACUCAUUCAUGGCUACGCUACAAACGACAUUGCUAAACAAGCAUUGGAUGUGGCAAUACCAAUGGAUUUGGAUAAGAAAGAUAACGCCAACAUAGCCCUACUUGAUGAAUCCAUAAUAGUCACACCUGAGAGAUAUCCCAUAUCCGAAUUCAAGCAAUUCUACAUAAUUCUGAAGCGCGCCUUACUUUUCAGUCGUAGAGAUUGGACUCUUAUGUAUCUCCGACUUUUCGCUCACAUUCUGGUGGCGGGGCUAAUCAGCGCACUGUACUAUGAUAUCGGAAACGACGGCGCCAAAGUACUUAGUAAUUUGGGUUUCUUGUUCUUCAAUAUGUUGUUCCUUAUGUACACUUCCAUGACAAUCACAAUUCUGUCCUUCCCGCUGGAACUGCCUGUACUUUUAAAAGAAAACUUCAACAGAUGGUACUCUCUCAAAUCGUAUUACUUCGCGAUUACCAUUUCGGAUCUACCGUUCCAGACCGUAUUUUGUGUAUUGUACGUCACCGUCGUGUACUUCCUAACGAGUCAGCCAGCGGAUAUAACACGGUUUUUCAUGUUUUUGGGCACCUGUUUAUUGAUAUCCUUUGUUGCGCAAUCAGUAGGUCUCAUGGUCGGCGCGGCGAUGAACGUGCAGAACGGUGUGUUUCUCGCGCCGGUGAUGUCAGUACCUUUCCUCCUCUUCUCAGGAUUCUUCGUCAGUUUCGACGCGAUUCCGGUCUACCUACGAUGGAUCACAUAUCUCAGUUACAUCAGAUACGGUUUCGAGGGAACUGCUUUGACCAUUUACGGUUACGGCCGAGAGAAACUGAAGUGUUUCCAGGUAUAUUGCCAUUUCAAGGAUCCGGAGACGACCUUGGAGGAAUUAGAUAUGCUUGACGCUGACUUUACUUUGGAUAUUCUCGCUCUCCUGCUCAUAUUUGUCGUGUUGAGAAUUUCCGCAUAUCUCUUCCUGCGUUGGAAAAUUAAGACCGCCCGAUAGACCAUCAAUAUGUACAUAUAAACCUUGUAAAAUUAGAUGUGGUUGCAAGUUGUGCUAGUUAACACAAUUGUUACCACUUAUCGCGUAGAAUCGUGCAGGCAAAAACGGACGUAUUUUUCGUAAUCGGAAAUCUCGUAAAUGAUAUUUUAAAAUGACGAUACGAACACUCGGUUCCAGCGUCUCACGACAAUAAUAAUCAAGAUACAAGGAACAUUAGAUUUCCGCGGCACUUCUCAAUGAGAAUUCUCGCGAAGAUAACUGUUCACUGUCGAAAAGGCAUUAGUACAUUUCGAAAGUAUCACGAAAUAUGGUCUACUUUUGUCGCAUUUUAGGGUUGCUAAAGUUUAGCUGAUAAUAGUACCAAUAUUAAUGUAACUUAUUUAUAUCCUUAAUUUAAUAACGAUGACGGCUGGUAGUACGACUACAACAUAUUUGU